AUGGUUUACACGGAUAUUGACAUGCCUUUGAGAGGCUUCAUCGCCCUUGAUUGGACUCUGAUGACAGUGGCACUUGUCCCAAUUCUGAUCCGCAUCUCGAUGCGGACACGAAAUCGCGGCCUCAGCACGAUCGCAUCCAACAUCGCCGACAGCUUCCUUGUCCUCGCCUGGCUCUCGGGCUGCGUGCUCAUUUCCAUAAACACAUGGAAGAACAAUCUUCGCAUGCGAUACCUGCACGCUCCACCAGAAACACUAUACUAUGGCGUUCCGGAACCACUGUCAGGCCACCUCCUCUACGUCUCCUGGAUCAGCCUCUUUUUCAUCUACAUCAGCCUCUGGAGCGCGAAAGCUUGUUUACUAGCUUUCUAUUACAGUAUCUUUUCUCUACAGGGUAGAAGAGCCCGAGUUGGGCUUGCAACAGCUUGUGUUUUCACCGCGGCAACUUUCCUGCUGCACAUGUUCCUCAUAGCAUUCUGGUGCACGCCAAUAUCUUCAAACUGGUCUCCGCCUCCAGGCGAGCACUUAUGCUCUGCUGUGCACAGCAUGUCGAGCGUCACCAUAUCCACGUUCACUAAUAUUGCCACCGACAUCGUCAUCCUUAGCAUUCCCAUCAGCACGCUCCUCGCAACCAAGCUCAACCGCACACAGCGCGCCGGCCUCGCCUUUAUAUUCCUCAUGGGAAGCAUUUCCAUCCUCGCGGCGCUCGUGCGCUUCAUCUGCCUGAAGUUGGUGCAGUCUGUCCCACGGGCUAGCAUCACGCAUACCAUCGAUGUGUGGGCGCUGGUCGAGAUUGUCUCGUCGAUCCUGGCGGUGUGCUUGCCUUCACUAAGGACAUUCGUGAGGAAGCACGGAUUCAGCAGGCCGGAUGGGGCAAUUAGGCUAGUUAGCAAUUCGUCGUCGAGACAGGAGCACUCAAUGAACAAGAGUCUCACGAGGGUUGAUAGUGCGAAGAGUGUGCCUAUGCCAGUUGUGGAGGCCUGGUAUGACAGAAACGAAGAAAGGUACUUUGUGAUACGACCGGAGCAAGCGAAGAUUGAGUCACAGGUCUGA